AUGACAGCACGAGAUGAAGGUGCAAUCCCCUUGUCGAGACGUCAACGACUUAUGGGUCUUGCCAGGAAUACAAGAGAUAAUUAUAUUCCCAAAAUCACUGGUUCUGUAAGUUCAUUUGCUUCUGGGGCCUCCCGUGCUUUCACCAAUACAGAUGUGUAUGAUGAGAAUGGACGAAUAUUAUUGCCCAAAGAUUCGACAAUUCAACUAUUCCCCUCGUAUACAAGAUACCAGGAUGGGAAAUAUUUUGUUGAUGUUCAAGGUUGGGUUUUUACUCCCGGAGUAAUGAAUAGAAAGAACAGAGUUGUGUUAUCUGUUGUCAAACAAAUCAUGAAACAAAGAGAAACGUCAAGAGCAGCUUUGAACAGUAUAGAAAAUGACAGUACAAUGAAACAAGAAGUGUUCAACCCAGAUUCAACAAGUUCAGAUGCCGAGUCUAUAAUAUCAGUGGAUUCAUCACACAGUUCACAAAGUUCGAAUGCAUCUAUUAACCCUGAUGAUGUUAUCAAAGAAAGACUAUCGAGUUUUUUUGCAAGAUCAAUACCAAAUACAGAGUUGUCGAUAACUAUUGGAUCAGAAAGUAACGUUGAUAAGUUGAAACAGUUAUCUAUUUCAACUGAUGGGUAUGGUCAUUUUGAAACUACUAUUGAAGUGCCGUAUAAACCGUCAGUUAUUCAAGCAUCGUCGAAAUUAGUUGACACUGUAUUUGCUUUCCAAGAUAUUAAGGUUUAUUCUAAUUCCGGAAUUGGGAUCAUUAGCGAUAUAGAUGAUACAGUUAAAUUAACCGGGGUUAUUGGAGAGAAGAUGGUUCUAUUGAGAAACUUGCUAACUAAUGAAGUCAGUCUGUGGAAUAUACCAGCAGUAAUUAAAUGGUAUCAGAAUAUCUACAAAAGAGAAAAUGUCAAUUUCUUUUACGUUUCCAAUUCUCCAUGGCAGCUCUUUAAUACUAUACACGAAUAUUUUUCAUACACUGGGUUGCCUCCUGGGUCAGUUCAUUUAAAAAGGUAUAGUGGGAACAUAAUAGCAUCAUUAUUGGAACCUUCCUCUUCAAGGAAAAGACGAGCUUUGCACAAGAUUUUGCAGGAUUUCCCUGAUAAGAAAUUUGUGUGUAUUGGAGACUCGGGUGAACAUGAUUUGGAGGCAUAUGUUGAUUUGGCUAGAAGCUUCCCUAAUCGAAUCUUGUCAAUCAACAUCCGAUAUGUAGAAGAUUCCUUUUCCGAUGAUAAUGAUCAAAAGAUUUACAAUGAAGUAAUAAGGUUAAUUACACUUAAGCGAAAGGAAAUACCUAAGACAACAGAAACCUCAAAACCCAGUGUUAACAAACAAAUCUCGUCUCCGCCUUCAGAUGACCAAUUAGAGGAUUUGAUAGAUUUAUCUGACACGCCUAUUAAACAAACACCAAAGAAACUCCCUCCUAUGGUUCCAAAAAAACCAACAAAAUUAAAAGGACAAAAUAUGACAAGAAAACCACCACAACCUCCCCCUCCUCCAUCGCGAAAUAAGGGCAGUACAUUAACCCAUUCAUACACUGAUACGGUCUUGUUAUCACCAGAUUCUACUACUCUGCAGCAGCAGCUGCAGCAGCUGCUACCGACUUCACUUCCAUCUUCUUCCAACAUCGCUUCCGAUGGCAACUCCAUCAACGAAGAACUACCACCGUUACCACCUAGACGACGAACUUCUCCUAGCAUUAACUCAGCAAACUCCCAUGAUAGUGAAUUGGAUAGUAUUUGCAAUUCUCCUGGGUUUAUCGAACUUGAAGAGUACGAUCAAAAGGGAGCUAAUUGGAUCAAACGAAUUAUAUCUUCUAUUCAUCAAUUGGAAGGUGUUGAUACAAAACUCAAUAUAUUUAAAGAUGAAGAUGAUGCUUUUUUCAAGAAUUCUUGUAUUGAGUUGGACGAAUUGAAAAAGAAGUAA